AUGGGUAAGGAUCAAAGCGAAAUGUCGAAAUUUGUUAGGUCAACAACUUCCAAAUACAAAUUUGGUGCUCACAUAUCGGGUGCAGGAGGUAUUUCCAACAGUGUUACCAACGCAUACAAGGUCGGUUGUAAUGCAUUUGCCAUGUUUUUAAAGUCCCCCAGAAAAUGGGUAUCACCAGCGUAUUCAAAGGAUGAAAUUGAAAAAUUCAAAGAGAACUGUAAGAAAUGCAACUAUAAUCCAUUAACUGAUGUUCUACCACAUGGUCAGUAUUUUAUCAAUUUAGCCAAUCCUGAUGAAGAAAAGGCUCAAAAGGCAUACGAUUCAUUUAUUGAUGAUCUAAGUAGAUGUGAACAACUAGGCAUUGGUCUUUACAAUUUACAUCCUGGAUCUUCACUCAAAGGUGAUCAUGAAUCUCAGUUGAAGCAAUUAGCAUCAUAUUUAAACAAAGCAAUUAAAGAAACCAAAUUUGUUAAAGUUGUACUAGAAAAUAUGGCUGGAACUGGUAAUUUAAUUGGUAGUAACCUCAAGGAUUUGAAAUACGUGAUAGAUUUGAUAGAAGACAAGGACAGAAUUGGUGUUUGCGUAGAUACCUGUCAUACAUUUGCAGCUGGUUACGAUAUUGGCACAAAAGAAGCCUAUGAAAAAUUUUGGAAACAAUUUGAUGAAAUAAUCGGAUAUCAAUAUUUGAAAGGAAUUCAUUUAAAUGAUUCCAAGGCUCCAUUAGGUGCUAACAGAGAUUUACACGAAGUAUUGGGUGAAGGUUUCCUUGGAUUAGAAGUUUUCAGACUGAUAUCUCAUGACGAACAUCUGCAAGGCUUGCCAAUAAUUCUAGAAACUCCACAACCGACAGAUGAAGGUUAUGGUGAUGAAGUUAAUUUAUUGGAAUGGUUAGAAACCGUAUCCAUUCCGGAAGAUGAAGAGUUGACCAAGAAGAGUAAAGAAUUACAGGAAAAGGGCUCAAAGUCAAGAAAAGAUCAAAUAGCCAAAUAUGAUGCCAAGCAGAAGAAAGGCACCAAGAGAUCUAAACCAGAUUCUAACAAUGACAUUGCAGCUCAUCUCUCGAAGCAGAAGAAGGUGAGUAAAAAGGAAUAA